UUUCCCGUGCGGCGGCAGCUGUUUCCAGAGGUUCUGUGUUUCCUUUCGGGGGUUUAGUGUAGAAUACAAUAGCACCUACGGAGAAUGAGCGGCACACUGGGCUCGAGGAAGGAAGAGGGAGGGCUUGUGAGAGGAAAGUGUUGAGUAGACUUUUCUAAGCAUCUGGAUCUCGGUUUGGAAGAAGAAAGAGGGGUUGGACGUAAGGACAUUUACCUCAAAGUUAAAGUAAAUAGUGGAAUUAGCUCAAACGAAAGAAGACGAAAGCAGAGGAAGACAGGAGGAAAGGAAAAGUUUAACAUUGAACGCGGGCGCACAACUGGAGCAUUAAUGUUACCGGUGAUCCUGACAGUUUACCUCAAUGACGCCCAGCAGAUGCUCACCGAGGUCCCUGUUACCCCGGCGACCAGAGUAGUGGAUGUGGUGGAGUACUGUAAGGAGGCGGGCGAAGGGGAGUGCCACCUGUCCGAGGUCUGGAACGGACAUGAGCGAGUUCUUCCCCAGGAGGUGUUACUGCUGGACCUCCUGCAGCAGUGGGGGUCCAGACGGCCAGAGGUCAGCUUCUACCUGCGACACUGCCCCUCCUGGACACAAGGUACUCAGCAGGAGCUGGAGCAGGGCUGGACCACUGAAGGCACGGACAGCGCUAAUGACAGGGUUCCCCGUGUGGAGCUGACCCUCUCCGAGCUCCAGGAAAUGGCCACGAGGCAGCAGCAGCAAAUCGAAGCUCAGCAGCAGAUGUUGGUCGCCAAGGAGCAGAGGCUGAGGUAUCUGCAGCAGGGAGGUCGUGGCAGCCAGGCACAGUCUCAGUCUGAAGCGGAGAAGUUGCAGAGGUUAAAGGAACGCGUGGAAACUCAGGAAGCGAAACUUAAGAAAAUCCGAGCCAUGAGAGGUCAAGUGGACUACAGCAAACUGAUCAAUGGAAACCUCUCGGCCGAGAUUGAGCAUGUUAGCAAUCUCUUUCAAGAAAAGCAGGCCGAGCUGCAGACUGCUGUGAUCCGGGUGGACCAGCUGACGCAGCAGUUGGAGGAUCUGAGGAGAGGUCGUCUUCAGCUGCAUUCAUUGGGGCCACAGCAGGGAGCACCCACGGGACCCCAGGGCGCACACAUCACCGGACAGAAAGGGUCACCUCUGUCUGGGCCUGCAGCCAUCGAGCUGAGGAAACUCUACCAGGAAUUACAGGCUAGAAACCGCCAUAACCUGGAGCAGAGCAGCAAACUGGCUCAAAACAAAGAACUACUGAACAAGAGAAACACCCAGGUGACCAUGAUGGACCAGCGCAUCGGAGACCUAGAGCGACUGCACAAGAAGAAAGCUGAGCUAAGCCGUCUGAAUGGAGGAGGGGCCCCAACUCCACCCACUUCUUCUCACCCGGGGGGCAGUGUUUCAGGGCGGGUGGCAGCUGUGUGCCCGUACAUCCAGGUCCCAUCUGAAAACAGACAAGACAAGAGCUACCCUCUGCCCCCGGACCCACCCACCAAGCCCACUCCUCUCAGCCAUAUCCGCUCUCAAUCAGCCAAUGAAGCAUCCUGGCCUAGCUUGAGUAAGAGUUUAUCUGACUGGAGAAACAACAGUCCUGAGCAGCCAAUUACCUCUGGCUAUGGUACAUAUCCCAGUGCCACCCACCAGGUGGCACACCACUCUACCACCAGCUCCCUGCCCCGCUCUGCCCCUGGCACUCUGGGCUGGCCUCGCUCCAGUUCCAAUGCCACCUCUUCGUCCUCUUCAUCAUCAUCCUCCCAACAAAUUCAACAGCGCAUUUCUGUUCCACCCAGUCAAGGUUCACUGUCUCCUCAAACAGAGCGGACAGACCACCCUCCAGCUGUGGCAGUGCGGCCCUACGUCCCAGAGCACUCCUCCAGACCGCAGUCACCGCGCAAGGGUCCAGCCACUAUGAACAGCAGCUCAAUCUACAGCAUGUACCUGCACCAGCCGCAGGCCAAAAACUAUGGCUCUCUGAGCAACAGAGCAGCUGUCAAAGCAGUGUACGGAAAACCAAUCCUCCCAAACUCCUCUGCCUCGCCGUCCCCUGUCCCCUUCCUCCACGGAGGGUCAAAAGGAGAAGAUGUUCCAGAUAAAGAUGGAGGUAAACCUGGAGCAGUCGAGGGCAGUGAUGGACAUGUGAUCGCUCCUCCCAGCGUGGACAGCAUCCCCCGCCCACUCAGCCCCACCAAACUCACUCCAGUGGCCCACUCCCAGCUCAGAUACCAGAGCGAUGCAGACCUAGAGGUUCUUCGUCGUCGCCUUAGCAACGCCCCACGACCCCUGAAGAAACGCAGCUCAAUUACAGAACCAGAGGGGCCACAGGGGCCGAACAUUCAAAAGCUGCUUUACCAAAGGUUCAACACUUUGGCUGGAGGCAUUGAAGGAGUCUCUGCCAACACUUUUUACCAACCCGACUGUCUACUGGGCGAUAUGGAGAACUUACAAUUGGCCAAUGGCAGUAUUGAGUCCAGUGACAAGCAUGCCCCUGCACCUGCCCCAGAAGGCGAAGGAAAGAAUACGGUGAAUACGGAUACUCACCUGCGCCUGUCCCCUUCAUCUGCUGUGAAAGAAACGCCCAAAGACACAACACCCGAAAAAGCCAAUCACGUUUCCCCAUCCAAACAACCAGGCUCCUCCCCCACUCCUGAUAGGCCAGAGGAUCAGAACAAUAACAAACAGAACAGUAUUAGUCCCGCCCGUAAUUCUGUAAGCCACUCCUCCCCAUCGCCUUCACCUCCUGCUGCACCUGCACAGCCUAAGGUGAAGCGAACCAACCUAAAGAAGCCGUCAUCGGAGCGCACUGGUCAUGGUCUCCGAGUGAAGUUUAACCCACUGGCACUGCUGCUAGAUGCAUCUUUGGAGGGAGAGUUUGACCUGGUGCAGAGAAUUAUAUAUGAGGUGGAAAACCCGAGCAUGCCCAAUGAUGAGGGCAUCACUCCCUUACACAAUGCGGUCUGCGCUGGUCACCACCACAUCGUUAAAUUCCUGCUGGACUUCGGAGUGAACGUGAACGCAGCAGACAGUGACGGAUGGACUCCUCUUCACUGCGCAGCUUCCUGUAACAGCGUGCACCUGUGUAAAAUGCUGGUGGAAUCCGGGGCGGCCAUUUUUGCCACGACCAUUAGCGAUGUUGAAACAGCUGCAGACAAGUGUGAAGAGAUGGAGGAGGGAUAUACGCAAUGUUCACAGUUCUUAUAUGGUGUGCAGGAAAAGUUGGGUGUCAUGAAUAAGGGCCUGGUGUAUGGUCUGUGGGCCUACACGGCGCAGCAGACUGAUGAACUGUCCUUCAGUGAGGGGGACGCCAUCACCGUGUUGCGACGCCGUGACGACACUGAGACAGAGUGGUGGUGGGCGCGGCUCAACGACCGCGAGGGAUAUGUGCCCCGGAACCUGCUGGGGCUGUAUCCCAGGAUCAAACCCAGACAGCGCUCACUGGCUUAGGGCCCAGAUCUGGGACCACGUGAACUGGCAGGCAAAGCAGGGAGCAUGCACGAGAAGCGCAGCAGCAUGUGAGCCAAGGCAUUAUCGGAAGAGGAGAGAUAAAAAUAUAGAAGUGGAAAUACGGAAACAUGGACGGAUGAACUUUUGAUUUUUUUCUUUGUAUGGAUAAGAAAACAAAGAAGCUUGAAUGUUGUUUUAUGAAGCGGAAUAAAACAUUGCUGCAUGAGAGAGAUGCUUAAGAAUCCUUUCACCAAUGCACCAUUUGGAUGUAACUUUUGCGCCCAACUUUAGUUUAUUUUUGUAUGGCUGAAAAGUGUUCAUCUUCGCGCCAUAGAAGCAUGCAUCCUCUUCUCAAAUGCAAUGAAAACAGUAUGCAAACACUAUGACGGUGUGUUUAAAAUAAGCUAAAAAUGAAGGACAGUGAAGAAGGAGAAUGAAUGUGUAGGAGGGCAGAGUUAGGUGCAAUAAAAGUUCAAGGCAAGUCUUUUUUGUAUGUUCGUAGGUGAGUGGACUGUUUUGAGUUUUGGUAAAAAUGUGUGAUAUGUGGAGUCUAUGAGAGGAUGAUAGGUUUUUUGGUGCAUAAAUAUGGGUUUAAGAAAAGAAAGAAGACAAUUUAGCUAUGCUGUGUCAUUUUCCACUAAUAAAAGCUGGCCGUUACACUAACUUAAUGACCUAUUUUGUGUAUAUUAUAUUCUGAACAAACUGUGUAAAAUGGUGUUUCCUAUGGGACAACAUUAAAAAGUGUUGAAUGAAAUGAUCCCACAAAGUUAAAUCAUAACAGAGAUGUUACAAAAGUUUGAUUGUAACAUUGUGGGGAAAAAAAUCUGAUAUUUUUUUUACAUAAAGUAUUUAUAUAACAUAGUUGAAUCAAUGUGUUUAUCUCAUAAUUGUGCUGCUCUGUUUAAUUUCAAACACUGAGCAUUGUUUUUUCAUACAAAUGCUGUACUAUAUUUCACAGGUCUAACUACAGUGUGACAUGUUUUGUGCCACUCACUGCUGCCACCUAGUGUACAGAUCAGCGACGCGUGUAAGUUUAUAUAGAGGCUGACAUUGCUUCUUAAUGUAAAUGUAGGCCUAAACCAUUUCAUAUUGUGCAAAAGCAAUGUUUCACAUACUGUGUACAGUAUUAAUAAAAUAUAGU